CGUGACCCAGGUGGGACUCCGAAACGUGAGGGGCGUGGUCGUAGUGCCCGCCCACCUGACGGAACCACAGUUCCGGGUUCGGUCGCGAGCUGCUGCUGCUGUCACCAGCCGGGCGGGACCGUCAUGUCUCUUUUACUGGACAACCAGUUUAACGAACUCCCUCCUGACAAGUCUGUGGACACGAAGACGUUUCUGGACAACGUGUCGACCCUGCCGUCGUUUUUUGACUGCCUGGGAUCUAAAGUGUUUUCAAUCAUCAAAUCAGACAUUAAUGGCAACAUAACGAAAAUAAGAGCAGUUUACGUCAAGGACCCGGCGAAGUACGUGACCCUGAGGGACAUUCUAGAGGCAGAGCGAGAAGCCCACGGAGCGGAAUGGCCCAAGGUUGGAGCAACGUUGGCUCUGAUGUGGCUGAAGAGGGGUCUCCGUUUUAUCCAGGUCAUGCUGCAGAGCUUGGCUGAUGGAGAGCGAGACGAGAACAACCCCAACCUGAUCCGGGUCAACGUCACCAAAGCCUACGAGCAGGCGCUGAAGAGGUACCACGGCUGGAUCGUUCAGAAGGUUUUCAAUGCGGCAUUACUUGCGGCCCCCUACAGAUCCAACUUCCUGAAGUCUCUGUCGAAGGGAGAGGAAGUGAAAGAGGAGGACUGUCUGGCCAACGUGCGUCACUUCCUGGUGAACUACACCGCCACCGUAGACGCCAUCUACGAGAUGUACGCAGAUCUGCAGGCGGAGCUGGACUACACCGUUUGACGUCCCAGCUGACUUCAGCUUCAAACAGGGCUGUUUAUAUCUAGUAGUUUCUUUUCAGUGUGGUAUUUAUUACUUUGACGAUGCCUCACCCAGAUAUGCUGCUCGUAUAUUUGGUCUUUGCUAAAAGCCUUAAAUGUAAACCAAUGGUGCUUUUAUUGUUUUUAAUUUUAACGAACGACUGGACAAUAAAGAUCCACGUCAGUCCUGCUUUAUUUGACUAUAUAAGAUGAUGCUUUAGUCAUGGAAGACAAACAAGACAAGAGGAUUCUUGUUUAUAUCUUUUACUGCUUCCUGACCUUCACUGAUAACCUGACUAGGAAUGUUUCUCACCUUAUUCUUUGUAUUUCAGCCUUUUUACAACGCAUUUUUGUUUAAAUAUGAAAACACCACAAUGUGCCUUGUUAUGGCUGAAUUGUCUUUUUACUGCUUCAAAAUAAUUCAGUUGUUUCACUUUUUUUCGUGUUGUUUGUUAGUGUGUCUGAAAUCAUUUAUACAUAAAAAAGUUGGAUGCUAUUUAUUAAAAAAAAAGUAUAUUUUCUGAAUGAACACUUAUAAAUAAAUAACCAUUUGUGAUCAAUA